CUAGUCAGUCUCUCCUGGCUGUUGAACUGGUGCUAUCUCUCCUGUAAGCACAUUUAAUGUUUCAGACUCCUCUCUCCUCUGUACUUUAUUAUCGCUUGGCUGGAGCAGCAGACUAGUGUUUGGAAGUUCACUGUCUGCUUGAGCGUCAUCUUUUCAUUUUGCAGACAGUUUUGAAACUAGGCUGCAUGGCAGGAGAAGAACCAUGCAAUCGGAGGAUGUGGUUUUCCUGAGUUUGCAGAACUGCACUGAACAUAUUUUGAGCGUGACUUAAUAGCAAUGUUUGCUGCACGCACUUUUAACAGAUUGAGAUGCUGGUGAAAUGAAAAUGGAGAGAUAUCUGUAAUUUUCAAUAUACAUCAGAAGCUCUGUAGCUGUUUUUUUUUUUUUUUUAGCUUGGUACAAACUUCAGAGAACUGUGUUCCGUCAUUUUUGUGCGGCUUCGGUGAUUCAGAAGUGAGUUUUCUUCAGAACUUCAAGCUCCACUUCCCUUUGAGAUGAAUGUGUCCUUUGCUGGCAGCUCGCUGCUUGAGAUUUGCAAGCCUUGAGUGUUCAGAGCCAGGAAAACAGCAUCAUCUUACUAGAAGCUGCUGAGAUGGGCUGCGGACUGCCGAAACUGGAGAAGCCAGAUGAGAACGGCCCCGGCAAAAUCUACUCCACCCUGAAGAGGCCACAGGUAGAAACCAGAGUCGGAACUGCCUACGCCUACUGCUUUUUAGACUUCACACUUGGGAAGGAUGCAGAGAUCAGCGGGUCCUCGGCAGUCAAGCUCUCGUCUAUCUAUGAGCUGCCUGUCCAGCUGCAGGAGUUGUACCAGCAGGGCUUCGUCCUGGCCGCGGUACAUCCCUUCGUGCACCCAACCGGAGGGAAGGACCAGACUCCACAGGAACGCCUCUUCAGAGCCGUGCUCAUCAAGCAGGCAGACAGCUCUGAGAAUAACCACCAGAAUGGUGAGCUCCACAGCCUGGAAAUGAACAUGUGCCUGUCUUCCAACCAGCUUCCUUGUGCAGAACUCGUAGAGGGCUGUGUUAAGAGAGUGCAGGUCGCUGGAGAACAGGGAGUGAAGUUUGUGGGGUUCAUUCAACAAUACGGUUUUCCAGUGAACUCGAAUGCACACUCCUCUCAGGCUGAAUCCUCAUUAUUGCAUUGCAGCCUGAGUACAGAGAAGGAGGAAAGUUCACAAGAUCUCAGCCCUGACAGCAGACCAGGUUCAGUGGAAGCCAGCGACUGUGAAUCAGACCAGGCGACAGGAACUGAAACCAGUUGUGAGCAGGUGGAGAGUCUCUCGGGUAACGUGGAAGUAAAUGUGGAGCUGCAGGUCACUGAGAAAUUACCUCAGACUUCGUCAAAGGAAAAUGAAGGACAGAUUAAAACAAUGAACUCUGCUGAAUUGGCAGAAGUCAGCAAGGUUGGGAUCAAGGCUUCUGAGGCCGACUCAGUGGCACCCACAACAAAUGGGCCUGCAGAACAUUCAGCAGAGAAUUCCAGUGAGCACAUUGGGGUGGACCAGCACUCUGAAAACAGCAGGGACAGCGAGACACCUGGAAACACUGAACACACAGAGCACAAAGGACCGAAAAAGGAAGUCCAGACAUUUGCACUGUUCAACACGCCCAGCAGCCAGCAGAGCUUGUGUAGGUAUUACACAGUGAAAGUGCCUCUGAAAGUCCACAGGAAAGGCCAGGGUGUCACCAGUGUGGAGGCAGACUGGCUGGAUCACAUGACCCAGCACUUCACCAAUGGGGCGCUGCUGAUUGAUGGGUACUUCCACCUUGAAGCAGAAAAUGAGUCGACACCCCGGUCAGUGGAAGGCACGUUCAUCUUUGAGGAGGCUUCUGAGGUGGACUCGACAGCUGCACAGGCCUACGAUGCCAUUGUUGUGGAACAAUGGACAACUUUCCAAGGUGCUGAGAUUAAGACAGAUUAUAUACCCCUGUUGAAAUCUCUGGCUGUCUUUGGGUGGAGGCUGACCUGUGUGCUUCCAACUCCAAUUGUGAAGACAAACAGUGAAGGGAAUUUGGCAACAAAGCAGAUUGUUUUUCUCCAGAGACCUUUCCUACCCCGAAAGAAAAAGGAAUCGAAGAAAUUAAGCUUCAAGACACGAAGCAAGCUAAAUAAAAAAGCAAUCAAAGAUGUGACAAACCGGAACCAGAAAACAAACACAUCAAACCUGAAAGAGAAUGAGCAGGAGGACCAGAACAUUCUAGAAGAUCUGCAGAAAGAGAAUGAGAAAGAACCAGAACAGGAAGACAGAAAAAACAGCAUGGAGAAACUCAGUCCAAAUAAAGCAGAGACACAAGCUACAGGAAAAGACAAGGAGAGCGCAACAGAGAAAGAGAUAGACAAUGAGACAACUGCACCGGAACAGAACCCAGAAUCACAACAUACUGAAACCAGCAGUGGAAAUGAGAGGGGCAGUUGUGAUGGUUGUGAUGCCUCUGAAGAAGCUGUCCAGGAGACGUGUGCAACAGACACUUCAUACGAGACCAGCUGUGCCCCUGAAAUCAGCUGUGAUUGUGAUUAGCAACCAGAACUGCAGUCCUCCAUCCCUUAGAAAACAGAGAAAAUGGCAACCAAUAAUCACCUGUAAGGAGAAAGUGUUGAACAGCACUCACAGUAACCCGUUCUCUUCACUCUCCAGAUAAGCACACUCAGCAGGACAGUCUUGUUGUGAACUGCAGGCCUUUUGAGGAUGAUAGAAAUGUUCAGCCAGAAACAAUGAGACAUUUUCGAAACCUUGGCACAGAUACUUUGGGUUGCUUUUUUAACCCAAUGAGGCACAAAGGAUACGAAACUAAAGAUGGCUGUUAAAGGGGGACAUGCUCUAUUGCAAACUGUACAUUUCACCAAUAACCUACAAUACAUACGCAGAAUUCAGGCUUUAAAAGCUUUCUAAUAUGGAAACCAAUUACUUUUAGUGUACUGGUACGACAAAAAUAGUUUAGUCAUACCCUUAAUUAAACAUAAGAAACUGUAAGUUGCACUGUAAGUUUGCUUUCUUUAAAAUACAGCUUCUUUUCAAAGUAUAAGGUAAUCAUAUAUGGCUGUGGUUGUUUCCUGUGGUAUGCAUUAGGGCUUAAACUAUUGCGUGCAAGUGCAAGCACACUGCCACUGUGGUUUCUACAGUCUAGCUGAACUGUAGUGCUUUCUGUAAAUUCAACAUUUGUGAAGAUUUUGGUCUCUUAAUAUUAGGUAUGUGUCUUAAUGGUAAGCAGUGUCUUGUAUUGUGCAGAAAUGUUUUAACACUAUGCAUCAGGUACAGCAACAGUAUAUAGGGUUCUGGAUAAUAUAGAAUUCUAAACAAUAUAAAUAUAUACAUUUUCUCAUUGUAAGCGUCAAUAAGCACAGAUCAAAAACACGUUCUAAUUAAACUCAUUUAAUAAGCUUUUUGAAAUAUUACUAAACUACCACAGCACUAAAAAGGUGAGGUGUGUCAUUGUUAGAAACAAAAAAGCAGAAAAUAAUGAAAACGAACAUUGGGAAAGUAAAGUGGACCCUUAGAUUCAUGGUGUUGAAAUGCCAUUAUAAAGGGUUACCGUGGUAAUUUUGCAAUUUUCCCAUACCAGGGUUUGCCGUAUUUUAAAAUAUUCUUUACCAUGCUUACCCAUACUUUCACUGUGCUUAAUUACACUUUGCUAUGUUUUUCUAUGGUAAACUUGUGCAAGGGUACUUACAGCUGUAAUACAAAAUAAUGGGUUUAUCUACUUGUAAAAAGCAUUGUAUUUAACGUGUUUGGAACACCACUUGCUAUGGUUAUCUCUACACUACUAACGCAGUGCGUGAAUUAUCAUGUUUAUACAGAUGCAAAUUAUUUUAUGUGAGCAGUACUCUAUGCCAGUGUUUGGUCAUAUUUACAUAUUUUAAUUAGCCUGUCGGGGACGUAUUUUCAUUAGGCAUGUUUCCUUUUUAAGUAUGAAAUACACCGUUUUUGAAAAACAAGUUAAUUGAAUCUACGAAAGAGAAUGUAUAAUCUGCAUAAAUUAAAUGUAUCAUAAAUCAUCAGUAAUGUACAUUAAAAAAAAAAAGAAUAAUCUAACUAAUCUAGUAUGCGAUCCUAAAUGCAACUGAAGAAGUCUGUUUAAAGUAGGUGAGAAACAGCAUUACUGUGGAUAAGAACAGCGUGGUUUUAAAGCACUGGCGUUUUCUUUCAAUUCUCUUGAUUUUAAAUAAAGUCUCUGUUGACCACCUGACCUAGACGGGUCCAGCCUUUGAUAAGAAACAGCUUGGCAAAUACUACAACAGAAUUAGAGAACAAUUGUGAAAACAUGGAUGAAGAUGACCUUUUUGUCACGAUUUGAGUAGAGUGACCCGUUGCUAAGAUACCAACCUAUCUAAACUGCCACAUAUUCAGACUGCUGUUCUCUGGAUCCUUAUUGGUUGGGUAGAAGGUUUAUUUUUAUUUAUUUAUUUAUUUUUUAACUCACUUCACAUGCAUUAUGGUAAAUGUAGUUCUGAAUACUUGGGAACGUCGACUAAGAUACUAGUGUACCAUAUAUAUUGUAGCGAUCUCGGUUCCCGCAGGCAGGCGCAUCACACAGGGCGAGGCGAACCCGGGACCUCUCGCACU